AUGUGUGAUCAGAUUUCCGAUGCCAUUUUGGAUGCUCAUUUAGAACAAGAUCCCUUUGCAAAAGUUGCUUGCGAAACUGCAACCAAGACUGGAAUGGUGAUGGCUUUUGGGGAAAUCACCUCGUCAGCACGAGUAGAUUAUCAAGCCGUGAUACGAAACACCGUUAAAGAAAUUGGCUACGAUGAUUCUUCCAAAGGCUUUGACUACAAAACGUGCAGUGUUUUGUUAUCGCUCGAGGAGCAAGUUGGGGAGAUUGCCCGAAGCGUGCAUUUAAACAAGAAAGAGUUGGAAGUUGGGGCCGGCGACCAAGGUUUAAUGUUUGGCUAUGCAACUGAUGAAACUGAAGAGUUAAUGCCUCUUACAACUGUACUGUCCCACAAACUGACUAAAAAACUUAGAGACUGCAGAGUGGAUGGGACUUUGCCGUGGCUAAGACCGGAUGGAAAAACUCAGGUGACUGUGGAGUAUAGUAUGAAAGGUGGUGCAUGUGUCCCACAGCGGGUGCACACCGUUUUGAUCUCCAGCCAGCAUGCAGAUGGAGUACCAGUGGAGGAAAUUCGACACCAUUUCAAAGAGACUGUCAUAAAAGGUGUCAUCCCUGAAAAAUACCUGGAUGAAAGAACUGUUUUCCAUCUACUACCCUCUGGGCAAUUUCUUUAUGGGGGUCCCAUGGGUGAUGCCGGCCUUACUGGUCGCAAAAUUAUUGUAGAUACAUAUGGGGGGUGGGGUGCACACGGAGGCGGGGCCUUCUCGGGAAAAGAUGCAACUAAGGUGGAUAGAUCGGCAAGUUAUGCGUGCAGGUGGAUUGCAAAGUCAUUAGUUGCGGCAGGGCUUUGUAGGCGCGUUUUAGUGCAAGUAGCGUAUGCAAUAAGCAUCCCUGAGCCCUUGUCAGUUUCUGUCUUCAGCUAUGGAAGCAGUGAGUUGCCUGAUGAUGAGCUUCUAAGAAUUAUUCAGAAGAAUUUUGAUCUCAGGCCCGGUGCAAUCAUCAGGGACCUUGAUCUGCGUAAACCCAUUUUCAACGCCACCAGUGUCUUUGGCCAUUUCAAGCCUGGUUUUCUGUGGGAGGAGCCAAAAAAAUUGGACUUUUAAUGGUAAAACCAAACCACAUGUAUGUGAGUGUACCACUAUCAUAUCAUUAUGUUUCAUAGCCCAGUGGGCCAUUCAAAUAAGUUUUCGAUAUCUAUUCGUAUAAAAAAAGAAAAAAACAUUGAUUUAUCUUUCUGAAGUUAUUUGGGUCAUGAAUGAGGGAUGAAACCCAUACAGUAACUUGAAAACUAAAUUCAAUAACUGUCCUAGUUUUUUAAAAAAUAUAUAUUGAUGAUUUAUUUAGCACCAGGAUCUAGAACAGAGUUUAGUGAAAAAAUUGAAAAGAAAAUUUAAAACUAAGUUUUGUAAGUAAGUCUUUUUAAGAGGUUAUGAGAAUUACUGUAUUUUAGAGUAGGAUGUUUGGGGUCUGUUUAAACAGUGCAAAGACAUAAGAUGAUUCUUUGUACUGAAAAGUCAGAAAACUUUAUAGAUUUGAGUGUUUAUAGGGAAAUGUAUUGUUUCAGAAAAUAGUUAGACCUUCACACUCCUUUUUUGGGUUAUGACCUGCACAGCAGGUGAAAUUUUCAGUCCAGAGAUAGUAUGGAGUCUCUCUGAAACUGCACACUUUUGUUGAGAGUAUGAUUUUAUAGUGGUUUAGUCAGGAGUAGGGCGAGGGGUAGGUAUUACAAAAAGGUUUUUGGCUCUUGCACCAUGUUUCAUACCCUUCUUGCACAGGAAUACUAAGUUAUCACACAGGCUAGCCAGGAUAGGCUAGUGAUCCCUUUAUUUAUAGUCAAUUUGCAACAACAACAAAAAAUUCCCUUUUUCUGGUUUUUUUACCUUACUGGUCAACAUUGUGAAUUUUCCAUGAUUUCUCAUGGAUUUUGUAAAUCAAGAUGUCAUUUUAUUUCGUAUUUUUUCAUUUUGAUAGUAACACUUCAUAUGCACAAGCAGCUCAUUUAGAGACACUACAGUUGACUUUUUUUAAAAUCUGAUGAUAAACUGAAACUAUCAACAAUUGUAAACUAUCCCACUUGUCAUUAAAAAGUGGAUUUAUAAUUUAAUGUCUCUUCAUUGUCCUUUUUCAUGAGUACUGUCAGGCUUAGCCUGCAUAGCUAGCGGGAUAAGCAUGGGAGUGCUGUAUUGUUUUUUGGCGACGGAGCCUCAAGAAGGGUGGGUAUACAAGUCAAGUCAAGUCAAAAAUCCCUCAUGGCUUCGCCGUUCACUUCACAUCGUGGCUUCAUCACCAAAAAAGUUCCCUGGGCACAAGAAUCCCGACAGCUAUGCAGGCUGUGUCAGGCUGGUUAGGGUUCAAAGCAUGCAAGGUUUCCCCUUUUCGUAAAAUGGAUGAAGUACCGCCAGAGAGGAAACCAUUCCCCACCCCCCCUCCUGUAGCUGAUUAUUCCUGAGUGGGGGGCGAAACUUUCACAUCAUAAAUAAAAACGUUACCAGUCUGAGCAUGGUUUGAGCUCUAAACAGGCAUAAAAACAACAGGGCCGGGUUGUUCGAAGCUGGGUUAAGAUAACCUUGGGUUAGUGCGAAGUUUGAACUCAGUUAUGACAGGCUUAAAAAGCAAAUUCAGGAUAAUUCACUUUGCCUACAAUUUGAUUAUUGGAUACUCUAAAAAGAAGAGAGAAAAUUAUCCGAGAUAGUGCUUUUGAUGAAAAGAAAAAGAAACACCGGGUAAAAUUUAACCCCGGGUUAGCGCUAAACUGGGCCCAAGGUUACAAAACAGACAACCAAAUAAGAGCUAUCAAGCUAUGGUGUUUUGUAAUUGCUAUGGAAAUGGUGUCAUGAGCUUUCUCUGUCAUGUGCACACACAACUGUAAGUGAUACCUGUAUUAGUAUAUAAAAGAAAUAUUGGCGAAAUAUCAGCAUUCCUUCCUGAGCAUCCCGAAUGUAUCAAAUCUGCCGUAUACAGCCCUAGACUAGGCAAGAACUAUCAUAUCCCAGCCCGUUUACAUGGGAGUUGCCCCCUCUUGAAUGUCUUCCGUCCUGGUAAUUUUUUUAAAUGAUUACGGUGGUGCAUUUCGUGUCAAGGCAGUGUUGCUCAAGCGCUACUCCGCGAGUCGGUCCCCGCCCGACGCCCCGCCCACACCCUUGUUUUUCGUCAAGUAACUUCCGGUCAGCAGGCAAAAUGGUCACGCAUGCUCAAUUGGAAGAUGUUAUGACUGCGAAGGAAAGAGGUGAAGUCAUCAAAAAUCGACGAAGACAGCAAAAUGUUUUCCUAUUUUCCCAUAAAGGGUUCCUUAUAAUGAAGGAAGAGAGUGUCAUAAAGAGCGCCUGAUGCAUUUAGAAAACGAAGAUGGCGAAAAUGUAUGAUUUAUGUCGCUGUUCCCUCGGGCAUAGCCAUCGGAAAUCCUGCAUUUCUCCCACACAGAUACUCAGCAGUUUUUGGGCAGACUGAGCAAAACGUCUCGAAUUUAUCUAAUAUCGACCACACGGGAAGACGCAGGGGAGGCAAAGUCAAGAUGCUACACGUAUUUCAUGUGGACUUGGGAACGGUAUACACUUUUGAGAUGGAGCUCGCAAUGGAAAGGUAAAAUCAUUCUUGAAAUAUUCAGAAUAUGAAAGUGUGUAAUUCAUGUAAACUUGUUUGGUUCUGCUUGCCCUAGCUAGAAAGCUUAUCUAUGUAAAACUUUUCGAAUACAGAUUAUAAACAAUGUUUCUUUCUUUGAAUUGCGUGAAUAUUUCAGUUGGCACACAAAUGUAUUAAUAGGUGGUUUGUUGAUGAAAGUUAAUUUUAGAACAAGUGCUAGCUAUGAAUUGAUACUGUAGACGUUAAUAUUUUAGUUUCGUCAAUAUUAUUUAACUCCACUUUUCUUAAUUGGUUUAUUAUUGUUGACAACUAUAAAUAAUUCUGUGAACAUUUUUGGCAAAGCAUACGUUUUGUACAAAAAUUUUGUUCUUUCAGUUGUGGUUUAAUUUUGUUUCACUUGUAGCGUUGUACUUUCCUUCGACUCAGACCAUCACCAUUAUUUAAGAUUAAAAAAAUAAAACCCUUUUCCAAAAUAUCUGAAUGUCAAUUCAUCCACCAGCAAGGUAAUUAUAUGGAAAUCAAUCUAGAGAAGUUGGAUAGUGUGGCCUAGAGGGUUUUAAAACAUAAACAUUCACCUAGUGUACUUGCUGUCUUUAACAGUGUCCAGUUACUUAUGAGCACAGUAGCCUCUGUGACUGGAAUCCCUGAGGAUAAGCAAGUACUGUUGAUAUCCAGUGGUGAAGCACUUGAUCCAUCAGAGAGAGUUUGUAGCUACAGCAGUGCUGGAACUGUAAGUAAACUGCAAUUCAGUGGUGUUACAGUCAACCUCUUUUAGAGAUGCCAGCCUCUGGAAAUCUAAAAUCUGGAGACUCUCUCUUUUGCAUUACCCCCCUGAAUAUCAACGAUUGACCCCCUGACCCUGAACCCCCCCAUAAGCACAAUUCGAUCUAGUCCCUAAUCUUACAUGAGGUACAGACCAUCACAAUUAGCUUUUAUAAAUGUAAUGGCGAAAUAAUCUUUUUCAGUGAUGACAUACAUGCGAAAAUGCCCCAGAAACCAAACUUUGAAUCAACGAAAAUUCGAAUUUUGGGAGAAAAUGGGAUGAAUUCCAAAUUAAAGCACAGAAAAGCUCAUAACUCGAUUUUAUCUGGGAGAUUUGGUGACCUGCACAGGAGUCCGGGAGAUUGUUAUCAUAUCCGGGAGAUUCCCGGUCAAUCCGGGAGAGUUAGCAUGUACACUCUUUAUAAGAUGAACACCUCUCUUAAGUGGCAGUUGGCUCCUACCUUUUUCAGCCAGUUUCUUUGGCUAUCAAUAUAAUUAUAGUGGACACCUUCCAGGGUUUGUACUGUUCCUUGAAGCCUUUGAACUUAUUUUUUAUUUUAAGGGUACGUAAAUAACCUUAAAAAGGAGAAUUUCUGCUUAAAGUGGGUUAAAAGCUGUAUCCCAUAAAAGAUCUCACAUGUGAGUAGGCCCACUAGUCAGUAGAUGUUAUUUUUGAUGUCAUCUGUAGGCAAAGGAAAGGGCUCUGAAAUAAUAUUGUUAUGGCUGUCUGUGCCUUGGAUACAGUGAAAAGUGAAGACAGUUCUGGGGGAUGAUUAGGGCCUGUUUUUCUCUUUGGAGUUUAGGACUCAUGGCUAGGUUGCCAGAGUUUGCUAGCCCUAGCCUAGGAGCAACUAUUAUCUCAAAAAAAAUGAGCUGAAACUUUGAAAAUAACAAGGGAUGCAGCGAUUUAGUUGAUGUGUAUCGAAGAUCUUACUUAUGUUACUUUUUCCUCUAUCUGUGAAGAAAAGAAUCAGAACCCUGGUGUACAUGUUUUACAAGUGUUUCUGGUUAAUACCAUCUCCAUUUUUUAAGAAAAAGGUUAGGUGACGCACUUGUGGAUGAAAAUCAAAAAUAUAUUCUUAAUCUAUUUUUCUAACAGGACACCAACCCAAUAUUCCUGUUCAGUAAAUCCACUAUUGAGUCACCUGUACCUCCAUCACCUAGCCUUAACCUGGGAUCUGGUGAGUACUACAUGUAUGUUAUUUCUAUGUUAUAGUGGAAUUUUUACUAAUUUUUCUUUUAAUGCAGAGGUUUUAAUUUGCGCAUGUGCUAAUUCCAACCCUUCAGUCACACCCCCACCUGCACUUGCAUACUAGGAAAAAGAAACCUGGGUUAAAAUUUAACCCAGGGUUAAUGCUAAUUGGCCCUGGAACCACUGGGCCCAGGUCAAUUAAAUUCAGGUUCAAUUUUUUUAACCUAGGUUGAUUCUCAAUUUCCUUUGUCUCUUAGCCCUAAUCCAUGAAUAGUUAGGGCUAGGAGACAAAGGAAAUUGAGAAUCAACCGAGGUUAAAAAAUAUUAAACUGAGUUUAAAUUUGACUUGUAACAUUUACACCAUAACUGGAUACCUUUUUGAGCCGACAUAAAUAAAACACUAUCUGGUACAAAAUAUAUGUGAACACAACAGGCUCACAGAACUGGAACAAGUUGUUUCUGUGUAAUGUGAACACAAGUAGUAAUUUAUGAUAUUAUAGUAGUUUGUAGGUACAUUUUUAUUGGUUAUAUUGAUAAAAUUAUUAGAGACCUUAAGAUACCCCGAAAUCGGUGUACGGGUAACGGGUAGCGCCAUGUUUUUUCCAUUUUGUGGUGACGUCAUCGACCUUGCCCGGUAGAACCAGCCGUUUUUCCGGGGUAGACACCAGUUUACCCGUAGAAGAUUUACGAGUAGCUGCAAGUCCUACAUGAUGGAGAAGCGAGUAAGUUUUUAAGACUUUUUAAGUACAAAUGUAAAUUGUAUGACUUCUUGGCAAUGUUAUUGCAAGUCUGUUCAAAUAUUUUUGCCAAUUUUGAAUUUUAGCUGUAAAGAAAGCGCUUCAAAAUGUAUAGUGAUUUUAGACCUCAAAUGUGCAGGUUGAACUCUGAAACGAUAUCAAUUUGUGGCGGUAUUUGGGGGGGAUUUCUGAGAAUUGCUCGAAGGUUUGAGUUUCGCAAAAGAAAUAGCAUUGAAAUAUUUAGCAUGGGAGCCACUGUUGAAGUUGACAAUCAAAGGAAUUGUUUGGUGAUGUGCCUCGAUCAAAAUGGCGGGGUUUGCGAUAACAAGCUUUCGGUCGAGGGACUUCCCGCCAAGUCUCUUAAAAUCUUUCCAUGAUAUUUCAAUAAGCUUAUGUAUGAAUCAAUUAUUUGUUGCAGCUUGUUGUUAAGAUAUGAAGUGUAGAAUUUGAGGGAGAUUUUGUAUGCAUUAAGCGACAUGCAUGUACGAAGUUCAUUUUGCGUGCUUGUUCUUCGGGUAUCUUAAUCGAAAUAGUCAUGCACAUGAACACUUUACGUGUACGGGUACACUACCCGUACCCAUACACCGAUACCGGGGUAUCUUAAGGUCUCUAUUAUUGUGAAGGCGGCGUGGCUGAGUGGUCAGCACGUCGGACUCGCAAUCCAGUGGUCCCGGGUUCGAAUCCCGUUCUGGUCACUGGCUGGAUUUGUUCUCGGUCGUCCCGAGUUCAAAUUCUGGCCACGCUUGUAAAUAGCCAACUGGUUGCCUCCUGCCAGUUGGGGUUUUAAAUCAUGUUAUGUUGUAUUUGAAUUAUUUGUUUUCUAAGUAUUUACUGAUUGUAAAGCGGUUUGGAUCACUAAGAGAAAGGCGCUAUAUAGGUGUAUAUUAUUAUUAUUAUUGUACUACAUUAAUUUUUGUUCCUUCCAGAAGCCAAUUUAAAGGAGCAAGUUGAAAAGUCCUUUAAUCUGCCACCAACUUAUGAGACUGUUGUAUCUAGAGCUCAGCUAGCAACUGUAAGUGAUCUACAUGUAAACAAUAACAUUAUGAUGGCAUUCUACUGUGUAAGCAGAAAUGUUACCUCCGAAAAGGAAAUGAGAGGGCCAGGAGGAGGCUCUUGAUGUUGAUAAAAUUCUUGUUAAAGGGUAAAGAAGACUGAGUACCCAGACGUGCAUUAUAUAAACGUCCUGUCCCUUAAAAAUAUUUGCAUUAAAUCCUUUAGAAUUAGCGCUUGGAGUGCUUAUUUAAUUUUGGUUGUUGAACGAAGGUAAUUAUUUGAGUGCGGCUCCUUGUGUUCUUGAAAUUUCAGCUACAAUAUAGCAUUGUCCUUGUUUCAACUGAAAAAAUAACUGAUUAUUUAAAUACGUAAUUAUACGAUAAAAACUGAGAAGUUAACUCUUAUCAUUUUUAAAAUUUUAUUUUAGGACUUCCAUUCACUAGCAGUGGAGAUUGCAGAUAACUGUGAAAACCUUGUGUGCGAACAGAAACUGCAACAGAAAGGAUGGGCAGCAGUUGUGGCAAACUUAGAGACCAUCGCGAGGUAUUGCUGCAUGGUAGACAAAGAGUGUUUUCUUAAAAUAAUAUUGUGCUUUAGUGCUCUUUUCAAAACCAUGCAAACUCUGAAGUUCAAAAGCCGCGUAAAGUUUUUGCUCUUUGCUGUCCUCAAACAUCUUUGUGGACCUCUUAGGAAACAGAAGUUUACUUCUACGAGUUUAACAGUUCAUGGUUUGUGAUUUGUGAUUGGUGAAUUUUGAUCUAUUUUAUCUAGUUCUGUGUUUCAAGGAAUUACUUGUGUAUGAUUGACAGCAGCUAAAAAUGUGCUAUAUUGUAAGCUGGCUUUUGAAAGUUGUAUUUUCUUUAUUGGAACAGUGAGUUUAGGUCGAGAUCAAGCAGUGUUCACCAAAUCUACACGGAAUUUCUUGAUUCAAGGACAAGAUACAUAGAGCUUUUAGACAGGUACAUCUAUUUCUCAAAUUUUUUUCAAGGGAAUCCUUUGACAGGAGUUGAUGAAAUGACAUUGGUAUGUUGAUUAAUCUUGAUACUCCAAAUCCAUUACAAAAUCCAGAUGACUUAAUGAACAAAAAGAUAUUGAAGAUGAGGAUAAGACUGUUCAUGGUCUACAUUGUAAGGUCAUUGAAAAUCUAUUAGAGGCAAAGGAAAAAUAAAUCUGGAGAAUUUUUUCCGUUCCUGUGAGUUGCAACCCUGGAUGCUGUCUCGAUAAAGGAACCCCCCUAAUUAAAAACAUUUAGGCUUUAUUAUAUUUAGCCGUGUCACAGAGGGGGAAUUUAACCUCAGUUAAUAACGUCUGCGAAGCAGCACUGAAGUCCUUGUUUUGGGACCCUAACGGAUGCAACAAAGUGCAUUUCAAAUUUCUUUUCAUCCUGAUCAGAAAAUAGACAAUUGGUUUUUUAACAGGUCAAUCAUGGCACAUACUCAAAUGUGGGGGCCCAGAACAGGGAUAUUCAUUUUUGGCACUGUUUCGCAGACAGAGAAGUUAACAGCGUUUAGUUCCACCUGUGGUGCAGGCUUGAUUUGAUUUUGUUCAUAGUUUGUUUGGAAUGCUUCCUCCCUUUUAGGUUCAAGCAGAUGCUGCCAUUGUUAGCCAGAGUACCUGUUUUACCUUGCCUAAUCACUAGACAGCUGUUUAAGGACAGGCUGCAAGGUGGAUUCAGUCUCUUAGACUGGAUUAGUGCACAGGUAACCCAUGCUUGGUAGAGUGUUUGUUCUUUGUACUGGUGAAAGCUUUAAUAAUUCCUUAGAGGGGGAAUGUGAGACUUACUUGUUAAGAAAUUUCAAUAUCAUUGAAAGAGUUACAGGAUAUUUAACAAUUAUUCCUUGAACUUGAAUGGGCUCGGAGUCAAUAGCUGAUGAGGCACUCAAAGGCCAUGAGGGCAAGAGGAAUAAUUAUUGUUUUAGUAAAAUCCAACUAGGUGGUCAAAAAUAUCGAGACAAAACAACUUUAGCUAGCAAAACGCGAUUCAACCGCCAUUGUUUCGGUUUUCAAAGCCUGGGGUUUUCACUACUAGUGGGCUAUAACAUAUAGCCUAGUAGUAGUUCAACCAAUCAGAACACAGCGUUGGUAAAAGACCGCUAGUUGGAUUUUACUAAAAUAAUUUAUUAUUGUGGAUAUAAAUUUUAAAAAAAUAUUGAUGUACUUUGAGUACAAUGAAGUGUAUGGAGUUGUUGUUAUUAAAAGUUGAUUCUUUUGGUUAGGAUAACAAGAACAGUCUCCAGGAUAUGGUUAAACAGUGUAUCGAGGCAGUUGAGCAGGUAAACAGAAAAAGAAACAAAUGGAAAAGGGAUCUUUGUUUUGUUCUUCUUUUUAAAGAGGAGAUUUUUAGCAUAAUUCGGAAUGGUGAUGUGUUCAGAAUCUUGUGUUCAAAGAAAGUACAUGUACAAUACUUGGUGAAAAAAAGAAGGCAACUUGAAGUGAAAUCUUGAAGCUUUUAAGAAUUAACAAGUAUUGUACAGUUGUUUAUGUUGUUAGUAAUGUUGGAAUCUGAGUGUACUUACUGUGGUAUCCUUAAUUUUUCAGUUUGAUGAAUCUCAUCUCAGUGAAAUCACUGGGGAGGUAAAUCAAGUGUUAGGUAAGUGCUUCUAAGUAUCUUUCUAACAUUGUACUUUAUUCAAAUCUUUCUCCAUCAAAGACAUCCUCUAUUGCUCCACCUGCCCUCAGCUGUCAGAUGGCACUUAAACAUUUGUUGCAUCUUACAAGUCAUACAAAAUAUAGGUUCCUCUAAAAGGCAUUAACCCCGGGGGUGGGGGGUAAUCCCCAUUAUGGGCUACCGGGCUAUACAGGUAUGUGCUGCUUAACAGGGUACAUGCUUUUUGCCUGUCUGGCUCAGACUGUCUGACUCUGGAACAGAAUAUGAAAAUUACCCUUUAUGUUUGAAAGAGGGAUAGAUUAAUUUUACCUCAGUUUGACUCUGGAACAGGGUCAGUUUUUUCCCUAUGAUGCCUGAUUAUUCCCAAUCAAGCUUACAUGUAUAUAGGUGCGAAACUGCACUUCCCUUGUUUUUCAUCACUAAGCCAGCCAUAUGAACAGGCUUUCUAUUUUUACAAUAUUAUUGUCUGGAACAGGGUUGCUAAUUCAUCUGGAAAAGGACCAGAAUGUCAAUGACUCAACAGACCCCAUAAGAAAAAAAAAUGGGAUUACUCACUUCCAGUCCCCAGACAUUAACCAUCCUGUGUGUGGCCAAGUGGUUAACACCUUGAACUCCGGAUGUGAAGGUCCAGGAUUCCAGGGUUCAAGCCUCACCUGUUGCGUUGUUUCCUUAGACAGGGAACUUUACUCCACUUUUUCUCUCUUCAUCUAGCUAGGUGUAUAAAUGGGUACUAGCGACAUACUGCUGGGGGCGGGGAGGGGGGGGAACCCUGCAAUGGACUAGGAUCCCAUCCAAGGGGGAAUAGCAAUACUCCUAGGCAUGCCUCAUGCUAGGGAAACCAGGAUAAGGUCAGGCCGUUUGGGCCUUUGGCUUGUGUGUGCCUUCACCUUACCCUUUUACCUUUGGCUAUAAAGAAAUUAGAAGGUCUUUGUCUACUGGGACACUUAAUCAAGGUAUAUGUCAUUUGACAUGUUUUAAUCUUUUCAAACCAGAAUCUCUUGACAACACUAACAUGAAAGAGAUAAAAGGAUUGGAUGAAAGACUAGCAGGACUCCAGCAGCUUCUUCAGAAUGUUCAGACCUUGACACAGUCACAGGCAGAUAUGGCUCAGGGUUUUCAGCAGAACCAAGCUCGAGCGCAGAAUAUUGGUGACCCCUCGGUGCUUCCUGAUCUUUGUGCUAGUCACCAGAAACAGCUUAAGAUGCUGAUGAAGAAUCAUUCACUUUUGAGGUGAGCUCAGUGUAUUCCAGUAGGCUUUGAUGUAGUCCAUACAGUCACAGUGUGCAAAAAGAGUCAUGUCCAAUAAGCCGCAGCUAUUGGAUUUUGCAAUCUGGCUUAUGCACCAUUCUCAGCAUUUCUUGUAUCUUCACCAGACUAAGACUUUUCCAAAACUGUCGCACGUUUUGCGCAAAUUCAUGAGUCUGGCUAAUUUCACUCAAGAUAGCGUCGGCCGAAAAGUCAACCUUUUGCUUUUUGGACGCCAUCUUGGAAGGGCCUGGGAACAACAACACGCUAUACGCUACUAUGCCACUAUGCUACUACCAUACAACCCACUUAUAACAACCUACCUUUUAUUUUUUAUACUAUGUAACUAUGAGUAGUAGAACUGUAGUUUCAAAAAUCUACCUCUAUCAUAAAACAUGCCUCUCACGAUCUGGCUCACUAGUAAAUUCUGUUCUCAACUUGCCCAUUGGGUUGAUCUCAAGAGAGCUGGGUAACAUCUGUAGAAAGCUUUUUGUGUUGUUAUUAGUUCUACCGAGACAAUUCUUUUGAUGAAAAGUGUCUUUUUUAUUCAAGGGAUGUAAGGAAAAGAUGUGCAAAAGCCAAAGAUGAACUGUCUACUAAUCUCCACACUAGACUAAGGUAUUAUUAAAAUAUUAUGUUUGAAGAAUAAGAACUUAGCAUGUACAUGGUAUUCUUUAAAAGUAAGUGAUAUGGAGUAUCUGUUCAAAAUUAAAGAGCCUCAUGAAAAUAAAUUCAGGAUUAGAGUUAUCUGAACUUCAAACAGCUCAGCAAGCUCAGCCCUGAUAACUUGUCGUCGGUGAUUCUAAUAAUAAUUACGACCACCUACAUAUGUGUAUGAAUUGUGUUACAACCGUUUGGCUGUGUGUCUGUAGUUUUCCUUUCUUCAUUAAUGAAAUAAAAAUUUACUUGGCCUUGCAGGUGGAUUAUGUAUGUGGAAAAGAAAAUAUGUGACUGUGACGGCACUGUAAUAAUGUACCAUGAAAAUAUCAGAAGAAUCAAAAGAAGGUUAGUAUUAGUAGAGCAACGCACCGGCAACGCGGAGGUCACGGGUUUGAAUCCCGUUGAAGCCCUGAUUUUUUUCAGGCUUCUUCUUUCCAAUUGCUUAAAUUGGAAAAUUUAGUGCGAUGAUCAUUCUUCACUUUCAUCUAUAACCGCAGUUCAAAAAUGAAUUAUUUCAUAUAUACUUCACAUUAGUAGAACAGUUUAAAUGACUCACAAGACUGUGCAAAAUCUAUAUUCAGGUGACAGUUUCUAGCAGUUCUCAUUUUUAGAGUCAAGUUUACAGCAAAUGGCAACUGUGAAUUGCACCAUGUCACCAAGUUUUCCUUAAACUUAUACUUUACUGUUCAUUACUUCUACCCCAAAAGUAGUAUCUUCAAGUUAGUUUGUCUAUUGUGAGGUUUUUGUUUUGGACUGUUUUUAGCUGAACUUGUUCUAUUUUGAAAAAUUCUCAACUUGAAUGUGACAUUUGCCGAUUGCGGUAAACAUCACUCCAAAUCUCUCUAUAAUUAUUAUCAUAAUUAUGUGUACAAAUCAUGCUGUACAUGCACAUACUACAACAUAAUCUUGUUCAGUUUUUAUCCUAGUUAUUAUUAUACUAUGGAUAAUGUUUCAGGCUGGAAAUCAUUGAGCAAGUAAAUGAAGCACCGCGAAUUUACACCUUAGCGGUGGCUGAAGUGGUCAGAAGGAGAUCUUUUUCCUCACAGUUUCAAAAGGUACGGAAUGCAUUUGGUUUUACAAGUCAAUAAUCAGAGUUUAAUAUCAUCAACCAAUGUUACUCAACAUAGGUUGACUGUAAUAGUGACCUCUGCACAGGUUUUCAAAUCAUCGGUUACUCAAACUUCAGUCCUAUAUUUAGGAGUACACUUACCCAGCUGAACAUUAUUAUUCCACCUAGUAGGUCUUAUGAAAUGACUAGCUCAGACUGGGCUUAAACCAUUUAGAAUGUAUAAGGUUACAACUGCCUCAGAACUUACAAAGGCCCUUCCUUGAAUUAACUUUCCAAACAAGUUGUUUAUAGUCUAUCCUCUUAAAUCUGGAAAAUAUUAAUUUCACUGUAGUAAAGGCUCAUGUAAUGUUGUUUUUUGUUUUUCUGCAUAGUGGGCAAGCAAGUUAUGUGAGGUAUCCGUCCAGGCAAGAUCAGAGGAAACUGCAAGGAGAGAGGAGUUUGAUGUACAGUUUGGUAAUUAUUAACUGAAACUAUUAUGCAUCUGUUUAUUCUCUUGGUUAACUUCUAUUUAUAAACUGGGUCAAGGACCCACCAGUUUCCAUGUAAUUUUCAAGUUCCUUAAAGGACAUUUUUCAGAGUUCUUUUUUUAGGUAGUGGAUGAGAAGCUGCACUUAGCAUGUUUUUUGAGAGGGUUUUUAAUUAAUAGAAGCUGAAAAAAAUAGGUGUAAUUUAUGUAAUAUGGAAGAAACAACUGAAGAUAACUUGUGUUUCUGUAAAUAAUGCGUAGCAUCAUUAUAAAAUAAGGACCCUUUUAGUGUCAGUAUUUUUACAAAACAUAGAAAAAACCAAAGAGUAAAAGCUGUGGACAAUGCAUUGGUUGAAGAUCACAAAGAUUAUAAAUAUUUCCAAAACAGUGCUCUUAGAUACCAACUUUGGCCUUCGUUUUCUUGGCUUAUAUUUAAUGAAAAUGCUUCAUUUUUGGAAUUUGAGUUCAGGUUAAGAGUACAUUUCAAAUAAGCAACUUUAUAAGCAUGAUCAUUUUUUGACUUUAUAGCAGUUCUAAAUAUACCUUAAAAUAAUGUCAAUUUCGGAUGCAAAAUACUUGUGCUCUUACUAAUGGGAAAGUCCGCAUGAAUUUGAAGUCGCGAAGUGGAACUUCAUUUCACACUUUUCUAUUGGUUAAAAAGGCGCACGUGAUGAUGGAAUUCACUCGGUGGGGAGACUGGUAACCAGUAUAGCCCAACCAACAAACAUGGCGGGUGAUUUUGCUCGGUGAUCUAUAGUUUAGUGAUUUGAAAAAAGCGCUCUUUUUCAGAGCUGAAUAAAAUAUUCCAACGCUUUUGAGGUGUAAGCAGCGAGAGGAAAAAUUUGUAGUAUUUUUUCAAGAAACGAUGACCUUUUAUUAGGCAAAGCUGUGAUGAAAAAUGUGUUGUGGACAUGUUUGGAAAGCUCAGGUAUAAGAAGUUGCACUUUGAAUAUCAAGCUUUCAGUAUCAUGCUUACUGUAGAUAAUUGUUUUGUUCAAGAUUUAAGUCGCAAUAAAUGUUGUAUAUAGGUGCUGGUUAAUGUCAAGAAAUCCUUGUUGUUAUCUGCAAUUAAAGAAAUGAUUAUUAAAAUUCAAGCUGUUCAUUACCUUUGAACACUGAUUGUUUUUCCUAAAAAUAAGCCAAUGUUCUCAAGUUAACAGUGACUUUAAAAUUUUUGGAAUUAUUGAGAAUUCCUGGGAAUUCCCAUAAAAUUAAUUCUCGUCAGUGUUUUCGCAAUUCCCAAUAAUUCCCAUAAAUUCCAAAGACAGUUUCCUCCAAACUUGGAAUUAUUGGGAAUUCCUAGGAAUUCCCUAAAUUUUCACCUAUUCCCAAGUAUUCCCAAAUAUUUCAAGGUUUUUUAUCUUUCCUCAUUUGCAUGUCUUGGAAUAAAUUGGAAUUCCUAGGAAUUCCCAGAACUCUAUGAAUUCAUUUUGCAAGGGAUUGGUUCUGUUUGCCUUCAGGCAUUUAAUGAAUAUCUCAUGUUAUUUAUGAAUAUAAUGAGAACUUAAUUAUUCAGUAAUAUGACUAACCUUUCUAUUUUCCUUUAGGGCAGCACUUCUUGCAGAAUCUUUUUGGUGGUCUGGGCGACAGGCCCUCUAAAUUUUCUGAAAAACCUCCAAGACCCUUUGAUGAACAGCUCCCCAUUAUUACAGAAAGAGAUUUUCAGGAACUACAGGAACAGAUCCCAGAAUUAGCUGCCUAUUUGGAGACUAGCUCUGUUAAUGUCUCUAUGAAAGAUGAAACUGGCAAAGAAAGUUGCCUACAAAUGGAAGAGCUUGAAAGUCUAAACACUUCGUCUCAGUUGCGGGGUUUGUUAGGACGCAGAACUAGUGAUGGUGUGGGAGACCAGAAAACUGCAUCAUUUGCGGAAAUGUCUUCAUCUGAAAAGGCCACUCAAAUGAGUUUGGAUGCUUCCACAAAAGUUGAAUGGUCUUGCGAGAAAGAGGAAAAAACUCCUGUACAAGAACUGCAAGGAAAUCAAUUCUAUUCUACUAUAGGCAUACCAGUUGUUAGCGAAGUGACAAAUGUGGGAAAAGAUACUAUUAGAGAAGAGACUUCACAGUGUGCAGAUGAUGAUAAAACCAAGGAGCGGAAAAAAAGUAGUAGUGAUAGUGCCUCUGAAAAAAGCUCAGGCCUAGAUGAAGAUAGUGAUUCGGUUUUCAGAUCAGCACAUGAAGACUAUGUGACUGUUUUUGGUGCAGAUUUGGCUGUCAAUCUGAGUGAAAACAAUCUCCGCCCAGAUUUUCAACCAGUAGGGGUGCUUCAGGAGGAUUGCACGACACUUCUUGAUGAUGCCAGUCAGACGACAACCCUGGCUAGUUCUGGUUCUCAAAGUUUAACUGAUCACAGCACUCAAACAGAGCAUAGCUCUGAUAGUAAUUUGCUGAUAACAGAGUCUGGCUCACAAGAGUCUUGUGGGAAAGGAUCCCUAGACGUUGAACGUGUUGAGAGAACUGAUCAGCCCAUGGUGAAUGAAAUGGUUGAAAGAUUGAAACAUGUAGAGGAGAAGUUAAGGACGACUCAAGAAUCUUUAGAAAGUGUUAGUUCUCAGAGAGAGAAACUACAUCAUGUGGAUGCGAAAGUUAGAGAUUCUCUCAAGCAAGAGUUCGCGGUUUUUCGUCAGUGUCUUAAUGAAUGUAAGAAAGUUAUAAUAGAUUUGGAAUCAAAGAUGAAAGAGGAUGUUUUGAUUGCUGUUGCUAGUGUACAGGAAAAGGGAGAUUUUUUCAGGGAAAAUGUUAGUGGAAUUGUAAGCAGAAGAACUAGAGACGAAUUUGAGAAAGAACUUGCACAAUUCAGUUCACAGUUGGAACAAGAGAGAAAUAUAUUCCAAGAGGUGAAAUCAAAACUUGAGAUGGAGAAAAGUAAGCUGUUGGAAGAGCUUAAACAAUUACAGACUGAAAAGGAAACAACUGAAUCUUUGCACAAAGAGGAAAUGCAAAAACUGAGUUUGGUUUUGAAUGAAUUCAAAUCCAAACUCGAUGAGCAUGAGGGAGCUGCACAGAAACUUCAGGAGAGUAAAUCACGUUAUGAGGAAGAUCAACAAAUAAGGUUUAAUGCUAUAAUGAUGAAACUGAAGCGAGAGAAAGAGAGUGCCUUGUUUCAAGCACAGGAAAAGAUUAAGGAGCUAACUCAAUGCGUACAGGAACAAGAGGAAAAUUUAAAAUCCGUCAUGAUGGAAAAGGAGAAGGUAACAGGAGAAUAUGAACAGGCACAUGGUGCUUUCCUUGUACGGGAGCAAGAACUUUUGGCAGGUAAAAUUUAAAUUUUCUCUUUCAAAUGGUAGUGUGGGUUCUUCUUGUGUCCCCUUCACAGCCACUGAUCUUACAAGGGGUACUUACCAUUUGCACAUGGGAAAACCAGAAAUUCUGGUUGGAUAAUCAAAUGAUUCCUGCCAUUCCAUUCGAGAUGCUUCAGAAAAUAUGGUCUAUGAAUUAAGGCAAUGCAUUUAGAAAAAAAAAUUGUAAAUUGCUUUUUUACCCACAAAGCACUUAAGAGUUCAUAUGAACUCGUUUAAACGUGUCCAUGCAUUCCAGAUUGAAUUGGAAUUUGGAAGUGUUGGUUUUUCAGGAGAGGAGAAAACUGGAGUACCCAGAGAAAAACCUCUUGCAGCAAAGGGGUCAUGCUCCCAUUUUGGCAAAUUUUAUAGUUUCACAUUUAUGCAGAAGAUUUCCCCCAGGUGUUUUGUGUAAAUGGUAAGCAUCCCAGAUUUUUGUAAUGACCUUGGUUGGUUGUCUAGUCGGGUUGGAUCCUGAGCCUUACAGUGCAGCAUUCCAACUGAGAUAAGUGGGAGUCAGUUAAGGACAAUUUCACCCUUUGGUUCUAACUUUCAUUGAAUUUUGGUUGUCAGCUCUUCAGGAAAGAGAAUCAAAGCUUCAAGAAAGUGAAAUUCUACUGCAGAAAAAACAGGCAGAAUUCAUGGAGCAGAUUGAACAAGAGAAAGCGUCGACACUAGCACUUCUGCAAGUUGAGCGACAAAUGUGGGAAGCAAAGAGAAACAAGCAAGCUGUAGGAAAAGAACAGGAACCUGAGUAAGGGAACUUUUUUGGAAAGUCUUUAAUAUGCUUCCUUGUUUAUUUUGAAUUUAGGUUGCUCUUGCCUUCUCUUAUCAUUUGAAGACUGGCUGCCAUGUUGUCUGAUUUUGUGUAUCUGUUAUAGGUCGAAUGAGAUUUCAGGUUAAUUUUGACUCAACUCAAGUAGAUUUUCGAUUUCCUUUCUUGUACUCUUAGGAGAUAAAAGAAAUUGGGAGGCAACCUAGGUUAAAAAGUGUUAACCUGAAAUCAAAUGACCUGUAACUUGUCCAUCCUUCUGGAAAUUCAAUUCCACUGUCCCUGUUAAUAAUGCUCUCAUGGUCUUCAGUGGCUGACCUUUUAAUGCUACGAGAGUAACAGUGAUAUUUUUAGCCAAUAAACUCAACCUAACCCUGAGGAAGAUGAUACAGGUCAAAAUUGAAUUCUGGUUAAAAUUUUCUUAGGUUGAUUCUCAAUUUCCAGCUAGGUGGUAUUCUUAACCUUGUUUUGUUUAUUUCAGUUAUUUGUUUCUGUCCUAAUUUGCGGGUCACAUAGAUAAACUACUGGGUUACCACUAUAAAGUUAAUUUUUUUAAAAUUUUUUUCCUCAAUUUUUAUAUUAAUUUUACUGAUGUUGCAUUUGACUCUGCAGGUGUGCUACUGAUGCAGUUCUGGAGGAAGACUAUCAACAGAGGAUUAAACUCUUGGAAGAGGUGAGAAAAAUUUUGGUCACCUUCCAGGUUUCUGCCACAGGUUAGAGAAGAGAGGUCUACUAAAGUUUGAGUUUGGAUGAGCAUUAUUUUGGAAGGAAACAAAUUAGACAGAGACAAAAAAACCGUUACCUUCAGAUUGAACCUCUGUAGUAUGGUCACUUAAAUAAGUGUCUCCAUCACAGAAAUAACUGCAUUAAACAGGCAACCAUUGUUUGAAUUAUGUUAUCCAUGGGACCAAGAGAACUAAUUACAUAAAGGUGUUUUUCAUAUCAUGGACGGAGGUGACUUGAGGAGAAGUGUUGAUAUACUUAACUGUUCCUUGAGCCCAAAUGGGCUCAUGAGGCCGAAGGCUGAAUGGGCUAUUGACUCAGAGGCUAUGAGAGUGAGAGGAAUAAUUAUUGUUUUAGUAAAAUCCAACUAGUUGGUCAAAAAAGUAAUAAAAUUAUCAAGACAAAACAACUUAGCUGGCAAAACGUGAUUCACCUGCCAUUGUGUUGGUUUUCAAAGCCGGCGCUUUUCACUACUAGUGGGCUAUAACAUAUAGUCUAGUAGUUGCUCAACCAAUCAGAAUGCAGCAUUGAUGAUAGACCACUAGUUGGAUUUACUAACAACUGAUAUUUUGUGGCUUUAAUAGGAAAACAGGAGACUCACUGAAAGGCCAUCAGGACAAACUGGUAUGUUAUAGUAAUGCUCUGGAGCAGUAUCUUUUUGUCAUACAGUAGGGAAGAUUGUUUUGAGCUUGAUUAUGACUAUGUGUGAAAAAAUUGGUUUUCAAACAGACACAAACAUAGUUAUGCAGCUUUUGGUUGGAUAAGUGAAUGAUCACAAAACAUAUUCCCAGCUCAUGAAAGAUUGCUAAUUGAAAAUUUUUAAUUUUCCAACAACAUAAACUGGGCUACCUACUGGAAAAUUGAAUGGUACUUUUCCUAUCUUGUGCUUUUCUUUGGGGGCAAAACAAUAAAGCCCAUUUAAUAAAAUUUAAUAAGCAAAUUAUUGACAAACACUUACGGAAACCAUUUUCACGGUCAAGGUCUUGAGAAGGGGUACACAAUAUCUGAGGCAACUUAAGUACUUACUAGUCAUAAAUUAACCAGCAAUAAUUGAUAUACAAAUAACUAAUUGUAAAUUGGAAAAGAAAUGCGGGAAAACUAAUGAAAGAGGGCUAUGAGUGGGUAAUAUUGGGGAAAGCGAAAUUUGAUUUUUAUUCUGUCAACGUUUAAAACGUCUGGCUGGCAUCUAGGUGUUUUUUUCAAGUUGGUGGAUUUAUGGUACUUGGAAAUCAUUCGCUUGGUUUGUUAUUAAUUUUGGCAGUGAGUUCUAAUUUGCUUGCUUCAAGCUUACCAUGUUCAUGUAAAGGGUGCAAAGAAAGUCAGUUUAAUUUACACACUGCCAUUCGGGCAAGCUGUAGAUAGCAUGUACUAGCCCACAAGUCAUUUCAACUAGCCCCAAAACCCUUUUUGAUUAGCAGGAUUGAUUACAAUCCUUCUGUUUACUAGAAUUUCCCCCAAAAAAAGCACUUGCACGUUGGGCAAGUUAAGAAAAAAAAUCACCACUAGCCCCAGGCUAUCGGACACAACUUUCUUUGCACGCUGAUGUAGUGUCAAUAAUAUUUUGUGCUUAAAGGUGAGCAGCUGAUUCCUACAGUGUAUAUAUCUGAGUAGCUAAUGCAUCAGUUGUUUUCUAGAAACAUCAUAUGAUUUGCAUGAUAAAGUUUAUUUCUUUGGCUCAACAGGUGGGGAUAGUUCUGUUGAGGAUGGUGGAGAACUGCAGCAAGUAAGACCUACAAUGUUAUACUGGGCCGAGUUGUUCAAAGCCGGGUUGAGAUAACCCAGGGUUAGUGCGAGAUUUGAAUUCAGAUUUGAAAGCUUGAAAAGAAUUUCAGUUUUAAUUCUGUUUGUCUACAAGUUGAUGAUUGAAAGCUCUAGAUAUAACAGAGAAAAAUCCGAGAAAAUGCUUUUGAACACAAGAAGGAGAAACCCUGGUUAAUGUAACCCUGGGUUAAGCGCUAAUCGGCCUUCGAACAACUGGGCCCUGUUGUUUAUACUAGUCGUUGGUUGUUAAAUUUGAUGAUGUCCCACCACUUUAAAGGGAUGUGGACUAAAAGGGAUAAGUUCAUUGCAAAGUAAAAUAUAAACAGAAUAGCAAGUUUGUGCGUUGAUCAGUGGAUAGUUGUGCUUCCUCCAGCAAUUUCUCAUUUUGUGGUUUUUACUUUCCCAGAUGUCAUCCCUUACAACCUGGACAGUUUUGUUUUUCAGUAAUAUCUGGCUGGAGUUUUGAAAAUGUCACUGUGCUUAAGUCCUUGUGGCUCAAUCUCUUUUCUUGUUCAAAAAAUCGCAAAUUUAAUAUUGUUUACUUCCAAGCACUUUUCCUUCUGUGGUGUGAUGUUCAGGCUUGCCAUGCCAUGAAAACCUCACAAUUUGGGCUUAAUAUAAUCCAGUACCCUGUCUGCAAUAUUUUAAUUAGAAGCUGUUGUUUCUCAAAAUCCAGUUAGAUAGUUUUUAAGGUGAGCAUUGUUUAGACAAGCGACAAACUUUUUAAUAUUGUUUCUUUUUUCUAAGGCUUUGGACUCCAAAGAUCAGCAACUUAAAAUUCUCCAGCAGCAACUAGUGAGUGGAAAAGACUUUCCUCCCAUAAAACAGUUAUAAUUACAAUUUGACAGUGAAAUGUGCUAGGACAAAUCAUCAACAGUACAUUGAUUUUAUGUUUUUACAAGUGAACAUUUAAAGAGACUUUUUUAAAACUUUUGAGGGUCUGUUCAUGCAAUCCUGCAAAGUUUGCUAUGACCAUUCAGUUGCAACCUCAUCAGCAGUACUUUCACAUGGUACUAAGUAUUCUUUGUCGUAUGUUGCCAUUGACAACUCUGGAGUCUGUGGAUGAAAUCCUUUGGUAUGACUUUUCAAUUAAAUACCUUUUAGAGUUACUUGGACACUACGUUUCCAAUAUUUUAAGAAACAAAGCAUGAAAGUUUCCUAAAUUUUUAUUUUUUUAUCUUAUAAUCAUGUUGGGAAUAGAAGGGCAAAUUACAAUAAUUAUUUAUUUCUUUGUGAAUUAAUUUUUCAGACUGAGAUGCAGCAAUUAGCAGAUGCAGCAGCAGCCUCAUCAAAGACAGAGAAACUCCCUCUCACAGAGUAAGACUACAAUGCUAUCGUAAUAAAAUUUCAAGUUUGUAUGUUCUCAUUGAUAGUACAUACAGUCGAACCUCCCUUAAGCGACCACCCAAAAUGGUCACUUAUUAAGGAGGUGGUCGCUUACAAGAAUUGAACCACAGGGGGCCUCUACGGAGAAGAGGUCCGGGCACAUCUACUUUAUGGAAGAUGAUUUAUUGCAUGCAAUUUCUAAUUAAGUUAGGCCAUGUGUAGUUUCGUGUUGUUACUUAAAUUCUUCACAUAAGUAGCAUAGUGUACAGAGCAAACAUAGAGAUCAGAGAACAAGUCAAGUGGUCACUUACAAGAGGUUAAAAACAAUGGAAAGUCAUUAAACUUUCAGGCUCAAAAAGUGGCCGCGGUUGCUUACAGGAGGUGGUUGUUUACUAGAGGUUCCAACUGUAAUGCUUUUACUGGGAAAGUUUUGGUGCUUUGGAUAGGCGGUCGCUUGAGGGAGGUGGUCGCUUAUGAGAGGGGGUUGCACAUGGAGGUUCGACUGUACUGAGAAUCAAGGUCAAGAUAAUAAAAUGAUAAUCACUGCCCUGGAUAAUAGACUCAAGGAAGAAUUAGUUUUCUCAAGUUGCCAUGGUAUCAAAAGUUUUUGGAUCUGAACAGUCUGCAGUCCUGCAGAUAUGGCAAGAAAAAAAGAAAAAUUGACCUGAAAAAUUUUAUUGGGAACAAAAAUGACUUUUUCCCUGUGCAUGAUGGUUUUAGUUGGGUUAUGAAAAGCGGCAAAAUCAAUGAUAAAAACAACAGUGUUGCAGUUUAUGUUCAAAGCACCGUGAAAGUGCACAAUCCUUUGUUUUCUGUUGCAUACUUUUCUUCCAUUGUCGGAAUCGAUACAAUCAAAAAUGAAUUCUUUUGAAAUGGCCACAAAAACAUAUAACAUGACGGGUUUAACAAUUAAACAUUACACUCCUCCUCUCUGUUCUUUACAUUUUAACAAACCUUCUGCAGCACAAUUAUGUGAUUAUUAUUUUGUAGUGCUGAUAUUCAAGGGAAAAUGGUUUGAAGGCCUAAAGGUAUUAAUCUGAUCCUGAUCGUGGGUUUACUGUAAAUGGACAAUAAUUAUAAUAUGAGUUUUUAAUAGAAACUAAUCCUUGAUUUGUUCUUUUGUUCAGUUUUCAGAGGGGCGAUAUGAUUCUUCUCGUGUUUGAUGAUCGAUAUAUGAACUAUUGUGUAUUAAGUACAGGGCAGACCUUGUUUUUCUUACAUCCUGAUUCUAUGGCUGGACUAGAUAUUGCAACACGUGAGUACCAUCAAUGAACUCAGUUAAAUCCUCAGAUUAACAUUAUGAAAGUGAAGAAUGAUCAUUGCAGUAAAUUUUCCAAUUUAAGCAAUUGGAAAGAAGAAGCCUGAAAAAAAAACUCAGGGCUUCAAUGAGAUUCGAACCCAUGACCUCCGCGUUACUCUACCAACUGAACUAUGAAGCCACACAUUGGGAGGAGGUUUUUAUUGAGUUCAUAUCUCCUGUGAGGAGUGAAAUGAUGUGAAGUAUAAUGAAAUAAUUCAUUUUGAACUGCGGUAGUAGAUGAAAGUGAAGAAUGAUCAUCGCAGUAAACUUUCCAAUUUAAGCAAUUUUCGAAUCCCAUUGAAGCCCUGAUUUUUUUUCAGGCUUCUUCGUUCCAAUUGCUUAAAUUGGAAAAUUUACUGCGAUGAUCAUUCAUCAAUUUCGCCUACAACUGCAGUUCAAAAUGAAUUGUUUCAUAUAUACUUCACAUCAUUAACAUUAUGCUUUAAAGUAAAACUUUUGUCAUUAUUGUUAUAAUAAGUAAGUGUUCAGAAUGGCCAGGUCCAAAUCGUUAACCCUGGGGAACAUACAAGGUGCUUUGUUAACCUGGUUGUCAGUUGAAAGAAAGUUCUCCUAUCUAAAAUAUAAUACAUGUAAAUUUAUGCUGCUCCCGGCAACAUUCUUUUUUCAAGUUUCCUGGAUUUUACUUUAUGAGCUUAUCUGAAUCUUUUUUUUGUUACAAUGCACCUAUCAUGAUGAUGAUGAUGAUUUUACAAUUUAAUGAUGAUAUGUAUCAUUUUCUUUGCAGGUGGCCCUCUAAGAAGGUAAGACUGCACUCAAGUGAUGAUGUUCUUUCCUCUAUAACCUUUAACACUUUCACUCCUUCAGAGGCCAAAAAUAAAAAAUUCCAAAAAAAAUCCAAAUUUCUUUUUGUAAAGUCCUGAGAAUUAGUAUCAUUUAAAAUACAGUACUGUUAAAGAGGUACGUUUCAUUUGAAUGGUAACACCAAAAGUUAGACAUGACAAAUAAAAUCAUCCCAGCAUAAGUCAGUCUAUUUCCUUGAAUAGGCACUGGGUGCUUAUAUAAAUUGUCGGCUAAAAGAGGUGACACUUGUUGGAAGGAGGGUGCUUAAUCAAGGGGUUGCUAAUUAACCCUUUAAGCCCAGAUAUCCACUUACAAAUUCUCCAAAAUAAUAAUCAUACAUCUCCCUUAAGAAUUAGUUUGAGAGAAUUUGAUAAUAGAUCAAAGCAUUUUCCAUUUAGUGAUCAGUUUUUUAACUCUCAUAACCAUUAUUUUCUCUUGGCAACAUAUGGGUAUUUUUAGGAGAAAAUUGAUGUUGAUCAAUAUUGGGACUUAAAGGGUUAAGGUUUCCUCCUGUUGUUAAUCAAUCAUACCAUAGUCCUGUUAUGCAGUUUACACACAUAUAAAUGUUGAAGUUGAAGCUUAAAAAGUUAUCAAUUACCGGUAAGUGGCAAUAAGAAGAGGUUUUCCUUGUAUCCUUACUAUCUAAGAAAGUGAUAGGAAACGGGCAGGGGCAUUUAUUAGAGAGGGGCGCUUGUUUGAUAUUUUGGCCUAGGUAGUGGGUGAUUAUUGGGGGAAGGGUGCAUAUUAGAGUGUGGGCAAUUAUUCAAGGAAAUAAUUUUAGGGUAUGUCAGUUCUACAUCUGUUUAAGUUUUGCAGCUCCAAUAUUCAUAGUGAUUUUUAUGUGGCCCACUUCAAUAUUGGUAUUUAUUCAUUGUGUCAUUAGACCAUGGGUGUUAGCACAAAUGACGGAUAAGGAGUAUUGUCAAGCUAAAAAGGUAUGUCAGGAUGGCCUUAAAUAAUAUUUCUAUUUUAUCAAAGAAUCAGCUGGUAGAGAAAGUUUUUGCAUAACAAGAAUCACUGAUUUUUUAGUGAAUUCAAGAAAAGAAAAAGGAGAGCCAUCUCUUUCCAUCUCCUUGGGGCACUCCUUGCCCACCUUGGGUUUACUGUUUUACAUUUUUUUUCUUUUCUGCGUCAACCCAAUAAGUGGACCCAUGUCUUUAUUUGAGAGAGUUUUUACUGAGAAGUCUUAUAAAAUAAAUUACAAUUUCAGAGGAGGGGGAGGGGUGGGGGUGACCCCUUGGUACCCCUCCAAAUCCACCCAUACUAUAGUGUCAAAUAGCAAUAAUAAUAAUGAAGACAAUGGUUUCAUUCAAUAUUUAGAAUUCGGUUCAUUGAUUACAGGAAUUUUCACUUCAGCUUCCUAAAAAUCCCGCUGCUGCACAGGCAAUUACAUCCCUUAUUUUGGAAGAGAAAAGUAUAUCAGUUUAUUUAUCAUCUUCCUAAUUUUCUUAUUCUACAGCCAAACAACAGGUUUAAUGUUCCUGUUGGAACAAAAUUUUACAGAAUAAAAGCCAUACCAUGGGAGAGGUAAACACUAAGAACGAGGUCUCACUCUUCCACGAAUUUAAGUUUGUUAGAACCCGAUCAAGCUGCUGGCAUUAUUGUUCUUUUCUAGAUGUGUGAUUAUGAAAGGGUGCCUUUCUCAGGUUUCUGCCAAUGUUAUUGGUACAAAAAGUGGUGUGCCUUUAAAAUGUAUUGUUAGUUAGGCUUUAAAAUUAUUAUACGUCUGCAUAUAUUUUAUAACCAUUUGCUAUCUUUUCUAGUGUAUAAGUACUUUGAAAAAUCAAUGGAAUCAAUUUCAUUACAGAAAAUAAUUUACGUGAACAGUAAUAGUCAAAUUUUAUUUAACCCUUACAGCUAUUCUAUUGGAAGAAAACUAUAAUCUAAGGAAUAUGGUGAAUGGCUCUUUGUCCCUAGGUGAUGUUACUACCGGGUUUGUCCUUCAUACAAAAAUGUAAUACUCAAUUCAUCCUAUAAGAAAGGCACUGUAACAUUUUGCUGCAGGGUGCAUAAAAUUAAUUUGUCAUUUUUAACAGCUCCGAAUCUCAGUAAUCUUCUCAACUCUGCCAUUAAUACAUUUUUGCAACAUUCUAUUAAUAUUUUGAGUGCAAAGCCUGAAUUAUUUUUUGGUGAAACAUGUUGGGGUUGGUCCUUUUCUACUACUGUUUUGCUUCUGUACAAUUUCAUAUUAAAGAGAGAACGCAGCUUGUAGGGCGAGAUUAAGGGGAAAAAUUAGCUUUUUGUAGAUACCUUUAACCAUGACUUAUAAAACUAGUUUAUUGAAUUUUUGCCAAAGUGAAGAUGAAUGUUAUGUUUUCUUCCUUUGAGUGAAGCUAAAAAGUGGGCUUCAUGAUUGUUUACACCUCUGUAAAAAUAGAGAAUUGGAAUUAAAUGAAAAUUUUGAAGACUUCUUGGGGUCUGGUG